UUCUAAUUUAUUCCUACUUUAUUCCUUUCCCUACAUAUAAUUAUCACCUUACCCAUAUGAAAUGGGUUAAAUUAUCAUUUUGCUUUGAAAAAGAUGUUUCUUAAAUAUUAUGCAAAGUUCCUUAUCUUGAGACUAAAACGGAAUAGAGGUAGUAAUUGAUAUGUCUCCUUCUCCCACUCUCUCUUAGACUGACUUUCCAUUAUCCCAGAUAGGCAUUUAGCACAAACACUUGUAUAAUUUCAUCUUUUUCUUCCAUUUCUAAAAGAGAUAAUCUUUUUCUUCCUUUUUCUUUUUAAAUAUAUUAAUUUUUAUUGAUUUGAUUUUGGUAUGACAUGUGGGUCCCUUGCACUAUCACAUAAUCAUUUACAUCAUCAUAAUUCUGAUAUUCACUUAUUCUUGAUCAUGUUUGCCUAUUUCUUCUUCUGUUUUCUUCUCCUGUUGUUUGGUGAAAGGGUGCAGGAGUCAUGGCGCAACCAAACAAAAGAGAGAGUUUUUCGUUCUAUUUUAAAUCUUCUGAACACAUUUUGGCAAGGGUAAUUCUAAACUGGUUCUUAUUCAUCAUGCUGCUAAGAAAUGGGACUUCAAUCUCCGCUCCAGAUGUUGAAGGUGAAGCUUUGAUUGAUUUCUGGAAGGCUUUGAAUGACACGAACAAUAGGAUUAAAGAUUGGAAUAUAUACUAUGUGAGUCCUUGUUCAGGAUGGUCUCACGUAACAUGCUUGAACGGACAUGUCAAAUACCUAAGCCUUUGUUCUCUUGGAUUUUCUGGGACUGUUUCUGCUGCUAUGUGCAAGCUCAAGUUCCUUAAUAGCUUGGAAUUGCGGGAUAAUAAUCUUUCAGGUAAUUUACCUGAUUGUUUGAGCAGCUUGGUGAACUUACAGAAUCUGGAUUUAUCCAAUAAUAACUUUAGUGGUUCAAUACCAAGUACUUGGGCACAAUUCUCCGAUCUUAUGCAUCUGGAUCUUUCAGGAAACGAUUUGAGUGGCGCAAUUCCAUCACAACUCUUUUCUGCUCGAACAUUCAAUUUCACAGGGACAAGACUUGAAUGUGGUGCCAGAUAUCAGAAACCUUGUGACUCUAGCUCUUCACUUAGAGUUACAAGCAGAAAAUCAAAAGUCAAACUUAUAAUGAUUGCUGGUAGUUGUGGUGCAUUCUUCCUCUUGUUAUUGGGAGCUGCCUUCACAUAUCGACGACAUCAACUACUUAGAUUCGAAAAGGAAGUAUUUGAAGAUGUUGCAGGGGAAGAUGAGUGCAAAAUCUGCUUUGGACAAGUGAAAAGGUUUUCAUGGCGUGAGAUACAGAUUGCAACAAGCAAUUUUAGUGAAAGUAACAUCAUUGGCCAAGGAGGUUUUGGGAGGGUUUACAAGGGUAAACUGGUGGACAACACUAAGGUGGCUGUGAAGCGCCUAACAGAUUAUCAUAAUCCAGGCGGAGAGGCUGCGUUUCUGAGAGAGGUCCAGUUGAUAAGUGUUGCAGUUCACAAGAAUCUCUUGCAGUUGAUCGGAUAUUGUAUUACCGCGUCUGAGAGAAUCCUUGUUUACCCAUACAUGGAAAAUAUCAGUGUUGCUUAUUGCUUAAGAGAUUUAAAGCCUGGCGAGGAAGGUUUAGACUGGCCAAAGCGGAAAAAGAUAGCAUUUGGGACAGCGCAUGGCCUUGAAUAUCUACAUGAACAUUGCAAUCCUAAGAUCAUACACCGUGAUCUAAAGGCUGCAAACAUUCUUCUAGAUGAAAAUUUUGAAGCCAUCAUUGGGGAUUUUGGGCUUGCAAGACUGGUCGAUGCAAAACUAACCCAUGUUACUACUCAAGUACGAGGAACUAUGGGUCAUAUUGCUCCUGAAUAUCUAUCAACUGGAAAAUCCUCGGAAAAGACUGAUGUGUUUGGAUAUGGUAUAACCCUUUUAGAACUUGUGACAGGUCAGCGAGCCAUAGACUUUUCCCGUCUUGAAGAAGAAGAAGAUGUGCUUUUGGUCGAUCAUAUCAAGAAGUUAUUGAAAGAACAAAGACUUCAAGAUAUAGUAGACAGCAACUUGAAAUCGUAUGAUCCCAAAGAAGUGGAGAUGAUAGUCCAGGUAGCAUUGCUAUGCACUCAAACGGCACCAGAAGAUCGUCCAAGGAUGGCAGAAGUGGUGAAGAUACUGCAAGGAGUAGGCUUAACCGAGAGAUGGAAUGAGUGGGAGAAGCUCGAAGAAGCAAGAAACCAAGAAAUGCAUUUAUCGCUCAUGACACACCGACUUGCUUGGAUGGAUGAAUCAAUGGACGAGCAAGAAGCAAUGCAACUAUCAGCUGCCAGAUGAUAAGUAUCCUUUAUCUUCUCUUUUUCUGAAUAUUUUAUUACCAUCUAAUUAAGCUCAUUUUUCUUCAUCUUUUUGUAACUAAUUUUUAAUAUAGGCUACAGUAUAUAUAGAAAACUUGACAUGUUUGUGUAUGGUGUAUGAAAUAUUCAUAUAGAAACCACAAGGGCGUUGAACCGUAGCCUUGGGUGUGCUUAACUAUAGAUGCACCCAAGAUCAUGUAACAAAUUUGCAAUAGCUAUAAGCUACACUAGAUGAAAUUUGUAUGACUAAAAAUUAUCCUAAUCUAUUUUUGUUUUGAA